UGUGACACACUUGUAUUUGGCACUGAAAGCAAAAAAUUGGAUACAACAAACAAUGAUGAGAAAAUCAUUGCAUUCUCUUUUUCUAUUGCUCAGGACUCUUACUAUUGUUGUCAUGGUUCAAGCCCAGGAUCAAUCAGGAUUUAUUAGCCUUGAUUGUGGACUACCAGAAAAAUCAAGUUACACUGAGGACACCACAGGCAUAAAUUACAUUUCAGAUGCUAACUUCAUUGAAACUGGUGUAAGCAAGAGUGUAUCACCAGAAGACAAGGCCACUCAUCAAAAGCAACUAGGUUAUUUGAGAAGCUUUCCCAACGGUGCAAGAAACUGUUACAAAAUAAAUGUUGCAAGUGCCACUAAAUAUUUAAUCAGAGCUAACUUUUUGUAUGGAAACUAUGAUGGUCUAAAUGAGUUACCACAAUUUGAUCUUCAUCUUGGAGCUAAUUUUUGGGAAACAGUUAAACUCACCAAUUCAUCAUGGGGCUACACCACUGAGAUCAUUCACACUCCAUCAUUGGAUUAUGUUCAUAUCUGUUUGGUUAACACAGAGAAAGGGACUCCAUUCAUUUCAGCUAUAGAAUUAAGGAUGUUGGAUAAUAAGACUUAUGAUGCUCAAUCAUCUGGAUCAUUGGCACGUUUCCUAAGACUAGAUUUAGGUUCCAUUACCAACUUAACAUACAGGUACAAAGAUGAUGUUUAUGACAGGCUUUGGGAUCCUGUUAACCUAAAACAGUGGAAACAACUGAGUAGCACACUUAGCAAUGAUGAACUAUCACAGAAUCAUUAUAAACCACCAGCAGUUGUGAUGAGCACUGCUGCUACACCAGCAAAUUCUAGUGCUUCUCUUGAUCUAAUGUGGGAACCAAAUAAUGUGGAUGAGCAAUACUAUGUGUACAUGCACUUUAAUGAAGUUCAAAAGCUAGCAGCAAAUCAAACAAGAUCAUUCAAUGUCACCAUGAAUGGCAAGUUCUGGUUUGGACCUCUUGUACCUUCAUACCAAAGCACAACUACCAUAUAUAGUCCUUCAGCUGUAACUGGAGCAACAAAUUAUACUGUUUCACUUUUUCGGACAGAAAAGUCUUCACUUCCUCCCAUUGUCAAUGCUAUUGAGAUUUAUGUGGUAAAAGAUUUCUCACAAUUAGAGACUCACCAAGAUGAUGUUGCUGCUAUUACAAACAUCAAGGAUUCAUAUAAUGUUGCUAGAAAUUGGCAAGGAGAUCCAUGUGCCCCAAUAGCAUAUAUGUGGGAAGGUCUAAAUUGUAGUUUUGAAGGCAAAAGUUCUCCAAGAAUCACAUCUUUGGAUUUAUCUUCUAGUGAAUUGACAGGGCAGAUAUCAUCCUACAUAUCCAAGCUCAUUAUGUUACAAUACUUAGAUUUAUCAAAUAAUAGCUUAAGUGGAUCGAUACCUUAUUUUCUGACACAGCUACAGUCACUGAAAUUUUUAAACUUGGAGAAUAACAAUUUUACUGGUUUAGUUCCCAGUGAACUCCUUGAUAGAUCAAAGAAAGGUUCACUAUCAUUGAGUGUGGGGCAAAAUCCAAACCUAUGUACUUCUGCAUCAUCAUGCAACCAACACAUCGAAACAAUCAAGAAGAAGAAAAACAAUGUAGCUAUUCCUGUAGUAGCAUCAGUUGUUGGGGUUUUGGUGCUUCUAAUAAUUUCUGCAGCAGCUAUAAUCUUUUCAGUUAAGAAAAGAAAGCCACAAGCUGCUGUGAACAUUCAUGUGAAGCCCAAAUAUCCAAAUGAGCCACCAAUAAAAGCCAAGCAACAACAAUAUUCAUUUAAUGAACUUGUUAAUAUCACCAACAACUUUGAAAGGUUGCUUGGUGAAGGUGGAUUUGGUAAAGUUUACUAUGGAAUUAUUGAUGACACUGAAGUAGCUGUCAAGAUUCUGUCUGCAACAUCAGAACAUGUAUAUCAGCAAUUUCUAGCAGAGGUUAAACAUAUGAUGAAAGUACACCACAAAAAUCUUACUUCCCUUAUUGGAUAUUGCAAUGAAGAGAAAAAUAAAGCUCUCAUCUAUGAAUACAUGGCAAAUGGAGACUUGGAUGAACAUCUCUUAGGGAAGAAAAGCAACACAAAGUUCUUAACUUGGGAAGAUAGACUUCGAAUAGCUGUGGAUGCAGCCCAAGGACUGGAAUAUCUGCAUCAUGGUUGUAAGCCGUUAAUAAUUCACAGAGAUGUGAAAUGCGCAAAUAUUUUGUUAACUGAAAACUUCCAAGCCAAAUUGGCUGAUUUUGGCCUAUCCAGAAGCUUUCUUGCUGACGGUGACACGCAUAUCUCCACUGCCAUUGUUGCCGGAACUCUUGGUUACUUAGAUCCUCAGUGUACCAUGUUAAACAGGUUCACAGAGAAAAGUGAUGUUUACAGUUUCGGAGUAGUUCUUUUGAAGAUAAUCACAGGUCAACCGGCAAUAUCAAAAACCAAAGAUAAAGUUCAUAUAAGUCACCGUGUUGAUUCCUUACUUUCUAAAGGGGAUAUAGAAGGUAUUGUUGACUCAGAAUUACAAGGAGAUUUUGAUAGUAGUUCUGUCUGGAAAGCUGUUGAAAUAGCAAUGGCUUCUGUGUCAUAUAGCCCUGACAAAAGGCCAUACAUGAGUGAUGUAUUGGUUGUGUUAAAGGAAUGUUUGGCAAUAGAGUUGGCUCGGAAACAAUCCAACAUUGACACAGAAAACACUGAUUUAAUUGAGUUCACCUAUAAUCUGACUUCUGAAACUGGCCCUUUAGUGAGGUAGUGCCUUUGUGAAAGUUGUGUGUUUCCUGUGUUUUAUUAUGUCACGUUGUACUAAGCGAUUAUUAUGGUCAUAAAUCAUUCAA